ACUGGAAAAUCGAAACAAAACAAAUACGGAAUGAAUGAAAUGAAAUUGUCAAAUCUACGUAUACGUCAAUGAAUGUUGUCAUAACUCAUAUACAUACUAGCAAGUGAUUCGAUUGACCGAAUAUUCCUACCGAUGUUAAUAUUAUUCACAAUGCCACAUUAGCAAAUUGUUGCGUAAAUUUAUUAUUAUUGAAUAAAAUUUAUCGAAGUAUGUUUACUGUGGCAAAUAAAAUGUUAUAUUAUCUGUUCCUUGUCUUAGGCUGUUUCACUAUCAGUGGAACAGAUGAUUGAUCGGUAGUGGAGUGGAUGUAAUGGAAUUGAUGCUCUACAAACAAUAAGAAGGCGUAUACGUAUACAAUGACUCACGUCUACUACAUUGUCCAGUUAAUAUUGUCAUGUCGUGGUAAUCCAACGAAACAAAGUAAUUUAAUUUUGCCAGCUUGAAGGUCACGUUUACUUCAACAUUGACCAACUCUAUAAUUUUGAGAAUGCCGAGUUCCAUGCUGUUUGCGGUCAACAAUGAGGGGAAGAUAUUUGGUCUGUCGACGAACGGAACUAAGUGGAGGGAGUUCCAGUACUUGGGCCUGGAGUUCAAGCAGGUGUCGGCGGUCCCGAAUUUCCUGUGGGCGGUGGGCAGUGAUCGACAGAUCUAUGUCCAUGCCCACGGACUGGAUAUCCCCAUCCGGAUCAAAGAAGAGACGUAUGAGAACCAGAGAUGGUCACCAAUCCAUGGAUUCGGGAAGCACAUGCUGCCGACGGAUCGGUUCCGCUGGUCCACCAAGGAAGGGCUGACGGAGCGACGCCUGGACCAGAUCCGGUUGCCAUCCAUGGCAUGGCAGUGGGAGGGUGACUGGCACAUAGAGACUACUCUGGAUGGGCAGCAGUUGGAUGAUGAUGGUUGGACGUAUGCAGUAGACUUCCCCGCAACAUACCACAGCCAGAAACAGUGGUCGUCGUGUGUGCGCCGCCGCAAGUGGGUGCGUUACCGCCGAUACGCUGCUAUCAACUCUUGGUGUGCCAUCGCACCUCUUCACAAGGAUCCCACACAGGAACCCUUCAUCGAUGUGAGUAUAGGAGGAACCAACGUGCCAGGUAGUGCGGCUGGAUCCAUGCAGGUGUGGGCUGUCACGGCAUACGGCAGAGUGAUGUGGCGGUCUGGAGUGAGUAGAGUGUCGCCGGAAGGUGUGAGAUGGAAUUGCGUCACGAUGCCACCCGGUUGUGAUGUGAUAAACAUCAGUUGCGGCUCCACGGGACUGGUGUGGGCCAUCAUGUUCAACGGCCGAGCCCUGGUGCGUGGUGGCGUCACUGGCGUCUCGCCCACAGGUUCGCACUGGCUGGAAGUGGCUGCUCCCGAGGAGGGGUUGAAACUGACGAGGGUGAGCGUGGGCACACACAGCGUGUGGGCGAUCAGCAACGAUCACCGUGUGUGGUGGCGGAAAGGCGUGAGGGGCGGGAUGGCCGAGGGCGGGGCCAGCGAUGAGCUCGCCCGUGGCUCAGGUUGGGUCGAGAUGGUGGGAGGGAUGGCGAUGGUGUCCGUUGCCACCAACGAUCAGGUGUUUGGCGUGGGCAGUGAGGAUCGCACUGUGUAUUAUCGUGCUGGCGUGACAGCUGCGGAGAUGACAGGUCGACGAUGGCGUCCUCUGUACGCGGCUACGCAGUAUAGCCGUGCAAGCAGCUGUGCCAGCCUGCCCUCCGGCAAGCACAACAGCACAAGUUCUCUGAAUCGGAACAGCCUGGCCGACCUGACGGGGGGAGAGGAGACGUCUCACUCUGCUCCUGUGUCGCUGCGGUUACAGAGCAAGGCGUGGCGACGCUCCACCGACAGUGCGGCCUUGCGUCACUACCGGCAGGCUUCGGAGAGCGGGGCUGUCGAACAACCCAUCCUCGAGAACAGUCAGAGCGAGGUGGACCUGUCGCGCCGUAGUGUCCGAGCGUGGAGUCCUGUACGAUCUGUGGGCUCGGUGCUGGGUGUGGAGGCAGUACCCACAACUGAUGCUGACCGAGUGCUGGACCCAGAAUGUGAGAGAGAGGCUUUCCGAGAGCGGGAUAGUCCAGACCCAGAGGAGCCGUCGUGGUCACAGGCCACCACCGUGUGGUUGUGUGUUGAGGCAGGAGCUGUCACUGUAGAUCCACAAGUUUUGCCUAACUGGUUCCACGAAGGCGUACCCAGUGGUCAGUUCGAAAGUGCACCAUGGCGCUCCAAGAUCCUGGCAGAUCUCAAGAUUCGCCACAGCCUGGAGACAAGCACGUUCGAGAAAUACGAACUCGCUGUUGAAAUGGCUUCUUGGGUUAAGACUGGAGAGUGCCGGUGCUGUCUGCCUGGCACUGCCGUGUAUGACGACUGUAUCCUGGAGCUGGAGUGGGUGGGCAGUCAGGCAGGUUGUCUGGACUCCGGCACCCUGUCCGUACUGACCAUAGACAAGGCCCAUACCAGAGCUCAGCUGUCUCUGGGUGAAGUGGUGUGUGUGAGCAGCUGUAGCGAGCCUGGCAACCCGCGUCUCGCUGUGCACACGUUGCGCAGUGCUGCCACCCGCACGGCACCUCUGCGUCUGCAGUUCUGUGGAGACGUUGAUCACGACGAUUGGCUCGCCAACCUCACAUCAGUGUGCUGUCAGAUGAUGGGGUUGGAGGGGUCACCCAAGAAAGGUUCCAUAUGGAUCACAUCUCGCCUCGGAGAGGUCUUCUCUUUCGACCCUUCUACUUUCCAGACGGCCCAGCAGAGAGAUGGUCUGUACUGCCAUCCCUUGGAUGUGCGGCAAGGCACCAGUUGGCUUCUGUCCAACGGCUUCCCCCCUGGCUCUCGGCUUGUCGUUAACGGUUCAAUCAACGACAGAGCUGACAGAUUCAAUCUGGACCUGGUGUGUGAGAGCGUGUCCGAGCGCACCGUGGCCUUCCACUUCAACCCCAGGUUCCUUGACCGCGUCGUGGUGCGUAACUCCAUGACGGCUGGCCAAUGGGAUUCCGAGGAGAGGGAGGGCGCCCUCACACUCUCACCCAGCUGCGACUUCUGCAUCGAAUUCCUCUGUCAGGAAGAUGGCUAUAAGGUGAUUGUGAAUGGAAUGGUGUUCACGUACUUUGAGCAUCGCCACAAGCCGCAGAGCGUUACACACUUGGAAGUGAACGGUGACUGCCAUCUGCAUGAGGCUCUCUACUACACAAAAAAGGUGAUAAUUCCGAUGACAGAGAUGUUCUGGCGGCCGAUGGGCGGACACCUGCAGAGGGUGGAGACGUGCGAGAACGGGGUCACAUGGGGUGUGGGAUCAGACAACACUCCUUGGGCCUACUCUGGGGGUUGGGGCGGUUCCGUUCUGGGGGGUCUGGAACGGACGAUGGCUGGUGUACAUCCGAUGACAGACACUUACAGCUUCUACCUGUACGAGAAUCAGAGGUGGAACCCCUUGAGUGGGUUCACGACGCGAGGUCUCCCCACGGACCGUCCUAUGUGGAGCGACUCCACCGGCCGGAUCAAGCGCUCCAAGGAGACCACCCGCCUCCUGUCCAUGCACUGGCAAUGGGUAGGUGACUGGGCUGUAGAUUAUCACACACCGGGAGGUGUCGACAAGGAUGGGUGGCAGUACGCCGUGGACUUCCCACGAAACUAUCAUGCCAACAAACAGCUAACGGACUAUGUGCGGAGACGACGAUGGGUGCGCCGGUGUCGCCUGACAACUUCUGGGCCUUGGCUGGAAGUCGGCAACACCAAGAUAGCAGAUCUGUCUCUGCAGAGUUUACCAAACAGUCAUGCUGUGUCAGUGUGGGCGGUAGGAGCAAACGGAGACGCUCUGUAUAGGAAAAACGUCACUGUGGAAAAUCCCAUGGGCGACUCAUGGGAACACGUGGCCUGUGACCAGGCGCUGUGCAGUGUCAGCUGUGGACCGCACAACCAGGUCUGGGCCAUCGGCAGGAACGGCUCCACCUACUGGCGCUUUGGCAUUACCACCUCCAACCCCAUGGGUGAAGUGUGGGAAAGUGUGGAGCCACCCAGUGGUCCGACUCUGCGGCAGGUGUCGGUGGGGCUGUGGUCUGUGUGGGCGGUCAACCAGGACAACCGACUGUUUGUCCGCAAGGAGAUAACCUCUGUGUUCCCAGAAGGCACCCAUUGGCAGGCCGUCACCGAUGCUAAUUGCGGGAACAAGGAUUCAGAGCUGGUGAUGCGGCAGAUCAGCAUGGGUGGUCCGGAAGUGUGGGGGGUGACCACAACUGGUGUUGUCUGUCGUAGAUUAGGAGUGACAGCGGACAACCCAGCCGGUACCUCCUGGCUCCUGGGAUUGCAGGGAAAUUGGCGUCAUGUCAGUCCUAGGGGCUUCUCGUAGUCUCCUACCCGUUAACAUUUUCCUCAUCGUACCUUCGGUGAUAUAUUUUACAGGUUUUAAACCGAACUAUGAGUAUUGGCUAGUCAUGGUAGUGUCCCGACAUUCCGACUGACACGUAAUAUUGCUGCUGUGCAGUGUUUUAUUUGGUCAUUAUAUGGCAAUUAUAUGAACAUUAGCGUGCCGAUAGUCCUUAUAACAUAUUCAGUGUCUUGUCAUUUUUAUGCAAUCCACAUAGUGGCUGAUUAGAAUCAUGCAAGUAUCAAAAAUACUAACAAUAUUUUUUAUUGGACAUCAGUAUAGUGCGUCAUGCAUUUUAAGCCCAUUUUAAUGUCAGAAGGAGCGUUGUAGAAUGUUUUAAAAUAUCAUACUUUUUAAGUAUUCUCGUGAAUUCCAUAAAAUGCUGUGAGGUAUUCAUUAAGUUUUAACUGAAGAUAUACACUAUCCAAACAAAUUAUUUACUUUCAUGCCAUAUUUAAUAGUAUUUUAAUUUAGUUUACUAAAACAUGGCUGGCAUUAUGCAGUGGUGUAUUUUGUUGUGGGAUAUUAGUAUAAGUUCCCCCUCCCAUAAUCCUUUUGUCCCUAAGAUAUCCCCCAUUGCAAUUUCUGGAUACAUCACUGCAUUAGUGGACAAUACGAAAUAGAUAUUUUCAUUGGUGCUUUUGUACAAAGCUGUUAUUUUUAGUUUAAUUCUUAGAUACGCGUCAUAUAUUGAACGUAAAUUAAAAAAUCCAGCAUUCAAACCCGCAGAUCAAAAUAGAAAUCAAACAUAUAGUGCGUGAUCAAAAUGUGGGCUUUUAUUUUGCCAAAUAAGAUUGUUAUUUCAAUGUAAUAUAAGGUGCUGUAUUUUGUUUAUGGUGAUAGAUUUUAUGCCAUUCAUUUUAUUUUAAUUGUGUGGAUAUUUUUGUGAUAUUAUUAUAUUAUAUUAUAAUUAAUUUUU